AUCGUGCGAUGCACGUGUUUAGAUGUGCGGUGUUGUUUACAGUGGCUUUGUAACAGUAAUGUUUAUGUGUCGUAGAGUUUUAUGUCAAAUGUGGUUAUAAUCAGACAAUCAGUAAAAGCUACAUUCUCCCUACAUAACUGUGUAUCAAUUUCCAACAAUAAUGGAUGAGAGCAAAGCAAGUGAUAUUGAAUCCGAGAAUGAAGUUUUGGAUUUAGAGCAUUCGAAACUUUUGUCAGCUGUUAGACAAUUGGAUGGGAAACAGCGUGUUAAGGCACCAACCAGGAAAGAAACCAGUCGCCAAAUAUCUGAAUUCAACUUGGGCAAACAUCAGAUAGAAAAUGAUACUGUUGGUGUUAAUGAGUUAACCAAAGCUCUUGAGAAACGUGCGAGCCAUGUGGAAAUUGGACAGAAAUUAAAAAAUUUGAAACAAAAGGCAAAACCACUUAAACCUCCACUAGAAAAAUUUGAAGCAGAAAAGAUAAAACGAGUGGUUGGUUUCACGAAUGUAAAGCAGCAGCUGAAUCGCUGGAAUGCAGUUGUUGACAGAAACAGAGUUGCAGAGAAUUUAAUAUAUCCACUUAUUCCCAAAGGUUCCAUAACCUUAGACACAACAAAAGACUUUGUUAAAAGAUUUGAGUCCCAGUCUGAAUUGGAGGCCAAAGUAGCAGAAAUCCUGAGUAGGAGUAAGGUUGUAAAUGGAGAUAAAGAGGUUGAAAAGGAGGAUGAAGAGGAGGAAGGGGAGGAGUUUCCCCUUAGCCUGGAGGAGAUAAUGGAGAGGCGCAAAGAGAUGGCAAAGCUGAGGGCCCAGCAGUCUUACAGAGAAGCCAAGGCUGCCAGGCAGAAGAAGAUAAAAAGUAAGAGUUAUCAUCGUACGCUGCGUCGUCAGAAAAUCAAGCAACAGCUGAAAGAUUUUGAAAACCUGCAAAAGACAGAUCCUGAGGCUGCUCUGAAACAAUUGGAGCAGAUUGAGAGAGCAAGGGCUGAAGAAAGGAUGACACUGAGGCAUAGAAACACAGGGAAAUGGGCACGCAGCCGUGCAGUACGUGCCAAAUACAAUGAUCAGACACGACAGGAGCUGGCGGAACAGCUAGCUAUCAGCCGUGACCUCACUAAGAAGAUACAAAUUGAAGAGAGCAGUAGUGAUGAAGCAGUUGAAGAAGAUAUAAAUGUCAACAGCAUGAGUAACUCAGAUAAUCCCUGGGUCACUGGGAAAACAGAAUCAGAAGUCGAAAAUUUCCUGAGAGGCUACAAAAGGUUCUGGGAACAAAAGAGUGUGAGAGAACAACAGGAGAACAAGGGUGAAUCCAGCCCAGAGGAAUCGAAGUCAAGUAACAAAGUGAAUAGUUCUAAAGAAAAUAAAGAAUUAGUUCAGAAUGAAAAUCAAGGAAUGAGUGAAGGGACGUCGUCAGAUAACAUUAACAAGGAAAUUAAUGUUAAGCAUACUUCUGUUUUGGAAGAAGAAAACAGAAAUCACCAGGAUUCAGACAAUUCAAAGGAAGUUAUUGUAAGUAAUGAAAAAGUCAAAAGGAAGAAACAGUCACCAUCUAAAACAAAGAAGAAAAGAAAAUUUGAUGGUGACGAUAAAAUUGCCAACAAUACAAUAGAAUUUAUUAGUUCAAGUGGUAGUUGGCAAGUAACUCCAUUGUGUGCGAGUGAUGAUGUAGGAGAGACUAAAGUAGAGGUGAGAGAGACAGAAGAGAGCAAAAACAAAGACAGUCCUGUGAUCUCUGUUAAUGGAGCUGGCAGUGGUGAAAGUGUUGAAGAACUAUUUCAAAAGAUGGAAGAAAAAAUGAGAGCCUCUGUUAACAAGAGGAUAGCAAAAUAUCAAAAAGAAUUCUUAAGUAACGUGGAAGGACCGACUGCCAAUGAUGACAAUAGUGAUGGUGAAAUGCCAGUAUCAUUGGAAAUGAAGAAGCAGGUGAAACACCCAGAGCUAGAUGAGGCAUUGUCAGAAGGAGCAACUCAGCAAAGCUCGUCGCAGGAGAUCAGUGAGCUGCAGAGGAUGACCGACACCAUCUCAGGAGUGCAGCAGGUGAACCGAGCAAAGACUGAUAUCGAUCCCAAGAAGUUUAUUGCUGUUAAAGCCAAGCCUUUAGACUCAGAAUUACCAGAUGUUGCAGAUAUGGAAGAAGCUCUCGAUGAUGAGGGUGACGAGAGUGCAAGACAACUAACAAUUACGGAAGCUUUUGCAGAUGAUGACGUUGUGGAACAAUUCAGGAAAGAGAAAGAAGAGGCUGUGAAGAAAUCAGAGCCAGAAGACAUAGACCUUUCCUUACCAGGUUGGGGGACUUGGGGAGGUAAAGGUAUUCUGGCUAGUGUUCCAAAGAAGAAAAAGAAGCGAUUUAUAAUUAAAUUCCCAAAGCCACCUCCUCGAAAAGACUCCAAUAAAGGAGAUGUGAUAAUAAAUGAAGAAAAGGAUGUUAAAAUAAAAGAACAUCAGGUGAGCGAGGUGCCAUUCCCAUUUACAACAGUCAAAGAUUAUGAAGCAAGUGUCCGAGCUCCAAUUGGUGCAACAUGGGUAACACAGUCAUCCCACAGAAAGCUUACAGCACCCAAGUAUAAGACGUACCUUGGAAAGAUAAUAAAGCCUAUCGAUGAGGAUCUUCUUUUGAAAAAGAAACCUGUUGCUAAACGGAAAUAGCUCCGUGUUACAUUGCUUUAACAGACAAUAUGUAUUUAUGAUGUACUGCAUUUUGGCUGGUGUAAAAUAAAUUUAUAUUUUCCUGUU